GAUAUACAUGAGAGAAACGCUUCCGAUCCACGCCAGCCAGAAAAGACGGAUGUGUCAAUGGGAGCUGUCCACGGUGCUGAAUAAGAAACAAUAAAGCUACCUUUAAACACUCAAAAAACUCUUUAUCUUGGUGGUUUCAUUCUCUGAACACAUUCAUAAACAUUUCAGCCGCGUGGAAAACUAAAAAACUCUUGAGUUUCGUGGUCGUGAUGUCUCGUGUCCACCAAUAGGAGGUCACAACUUCUUAUUUUUUGUUACCGCUACAUCACCGCCUCGCAGCCAAUGGGAUGGUUCAUAGCGAACCCAAAAUGCCAACCGGAAUGACGUUGUUGCUGGCGUAGGGCUGCAGUUUGAUGGCUCCUACUAAAUGAAUGCAGUGGGAAUGGACGAGCAAGACACACUGCCAGUCAGACGGUGCGCACUGUUGACCUCCGCACACAGCGUCAGGAUUUCUUAUCAGACUCUCACCUGAGGAGGAUUUCUGCUUGUUGGCUUUUCUUUGCAGGGAUACUCGCUGGUUGCUCUCUUUCACUGGUAUUCUUUAUUAUAGGACACGAGAGGUCCCAGAGGACACAGCAUGCUGUCGUCCCUGAAGACCCUGCUGCUGCUCUCGGUCCUGUGCGCACCGACCUCCAGCCUGUGCCUCCGCAUCUACCAGAGCCGCUCCGACCUCCUCUGCGACGACCGGAUGGGAUUCGGGGUCCGGAGCGACGAGAGCGAGCCGGGUUACUCUCCCGUGGACGGAUGGGGGUCCCUCCUGCAGUCCGCGAACUAUCUCGCCUCCUCGUCCUCCUCUCCCUCCUCUUCUUCUUCAUCCUCUUCCUCGUCUGCUGAGUCCAGUCGGGAAAAAAGGACUUCAACUCCCACAAACUACCGCUUCACGAGCCGGACCAAGCUCAGAGGGCAGAUGCUCCGCAACAGCAGCAAAGGGGACCGGAGGAGCAGAGUGACCCUGUCCCUGGACGUCCCGACCAACAUCAUGAACGUCCUCUUCGACGUGGCCAAGGCCAAAAACCUGCGCGCAAAGGCGGCCGAGAACGCGCGUCUCCUGGCGCAAAUUGGACGGAGAAAAUGAAUCUCGGACAAAGUUUAAUUUAACAGGCAGCCGUGGUCAGUGUUGGCCCCUCAAAAUGUAAUUACACUCGUUUGCUCCUUCAGAGUGUUUCUCCCCACUCAGCACAGUCAACAACAACAACGAAAAUAGGUUAUAAUGUUGCAGUUGCUCUCAUGUAAAAGCUCCGUGGAAAUGUGUUAAUCUCCAAAUGAAAGCAUCGAGAAAACAGACACGCGUCCUCAAAGCAAAAUGUUGGAUGCUUUUGUUUUAAAACUAAGCUCCAUAUUCGUAAAGGUUAUACCAUUCAGCUGAUAAAUGAACUACGAGAGCGUGUUAUUUCCAGCUUAUGUAUUCAUCACUUCUCUUUUAUUGGAGGCUUUAUUUAAUUUUAAUGGUUGAAAUUUUGCCUUUGUGGUGAAAGAAUGAAUAGUUUCAAAUGCAGGCAGAAUAAAAGUCAAGAGCAACAAGGGAAAAGUCAUGCAUAUGUAAAGAUGACUGGUAAUUUGAAUGAGAUUCAUAGUUUGGGAUUUGGCACUAAAUUUGAAUGUGAAGAAACAUUUCUUUUUCAUGUGAUAUUAUUGAUUUAUCAUGGUGUCAUAACUUUAAAGGAGGAAUUUACUUUAGUUAAAAAUUAACAUUUUGGGUUUCCCCUUUUAUCUAACUUUGAUAUGUUUUAUUGAACUCAGACUCAUCAGAUUGUAAUAAUUGAACCCCACUGAUUAUUAGAGGGAUUUUAUUCUGACAUACAGUUGAAAUGUUUUGCAUUUCCAUUGCUCAUCCAUAAGUCAGGAUUUGAUGUACUUUCUUUCACCAUAGAUACUUUGUCCCUCUCUGCUGCUUUAUUUAUUUAUUUGUUAGGGUUUUAUUCUGAUCAGAAGUUCACAUGGAAGCCCACGAUGAUACCUGACUGAAGUGUAAAACAUUGAGAGUGGCAAAAACACAACACUGACAAUGAAAUAAUGUACAAAUCACAUGAAAUACAGUAAAAUGCAAACGCAUGGGAAUGUAUGUGUUCAUCAGAUGUCUCUUAUUUUUAUACUCAAAAUAAAGGAUUAUUUUUCCUCAAAUAAAGCAGAUGUAAGUAC